AUAUAACUGUGAGGGAACCACUAAUAUGCAGCUAAGGCUGAAUUGAUGGGAACUGAACUGAAAGCGGAGUAGUAAUCAACAUGAGAAGAAAGCCUGAUACCCUAGAGUAGAUAGGAAAAGUAGUUCUGGUUGAUUAAGUUUCAGUCUGCUGGGGUGAGGUAGGAUUUUGAAAUUGUGUUCUUUGGAGACUGUGUCAGGGAAUGAAUGUGCUUCAGGUCAGUGAAAGGACAGUUAAAAACCUCAUGGUGUCUGCUGGAUCCCGGAGCAUUGGGUGGCACAUAUGUAUGCAUAAGCACAUUUAUAUAAACACCAGCACUAGUUAUUUGGUGAAAAGCCCUCCCGACCGUGCCACGUAAUCUCACGUAGCUAGACCACUGCACAGAACACUAUGAUAAAGUUGCAUCUAUAACAAAAGCUAUUUCACAAAGUUUAUUCUGGAAUCAGAUUACAAACAUUGUGAUACAUCUUGCAGGUACUGAUGUGACACUAUCCCAGAGCAGGAUGGCAGCAGACGGGGGACCUGGGAAGUCAGCUUUCUCUUCUGCAGAGGAAACCAUCGCUGCACACUCCAGGUGUAACUAGGUUGCUCCGCCUACACAGGGAUAAGUGGUCAUGGGACAUACACAGAAUCACAGAAACACUGAAUAUCCUGUGUUGGAAGGGACCCACAAGGAUCAUCAGGUCCAACUCCUGCUCCUGCACAGGACACCUCAAGUGUCACACCGUGUGCCAGAGAGCAGUGUCCAAACUCCUCCUGAUCUCCGUCAGGCUUCAUACCGUGGCUGUUCCCCUGGGGAGCCUGUGCCAGGAUCCAUCUCUGGGAGAAGAACAUUUUCUAACACUCCACCUAAACCACCCGGACACAACAGCAGGCCACUGCCUCGGGUCCUGUCCCUGUCACCACGGAGAAGAGACCAGCGUCUCAUCACAGGCGACGCCACUGCCUAGGGGAGUCUCACACCUGCGCCUACCCCAGCUCGCAGUGCAGACCUCGUUAAUGUGUAUUAAUCAACUCUAAUGAACCUGCCUUGCAGGAGCACUGCUUGGCUACACCGGGCAGGACGCUCUGGAGGGGGGUCGUUACACCGUACGUGUUCUGUUUUCCGUACAGCGUUCACGCAGCGCUGGUUACAGGCGCAGGCUGUGCCGGGACGCGGCUCCCGUCCGGUCCCGUCGCUGGCAGGCCGCGGUUAUCCCGGGCGGCCGGAGCCGCUCCCGCGCCGCCGCGGCCUCCCCGCCCCUCAGCCGGAACGCGCGCGCGGGGCCGCGUUGCGCGGGGAAGGGCGCGCGGCGGCACCGGCGGCCGCCAUGGCGGUGGACAUCACCCUGCUCUUCAAGGCCAGCGUGAAGACCGUGAAGACCCGCAACAAGGCGCUGGGGGUGGCGGCGGCGGGGGACAGCGCCAGGGACGAGCUGCUCAAGCGGGGCGCCGCCCGCUCCAAAAGCGACUUCACCAGCAGGGCGCGGGAGGUGAUUUCUCAUAUUGGAAAGCUGAAAGAUUUUCUUCUACAACACAGAAAGGAUUACAUUAAUGCUUACAGGGCUGGCUCUCCUGUCUCUGCACACUCUAUGAAUGUACAUAUGUCCUGGGCUUUUUUGGAAGCUGGUUAGUUUGUUCAAGAGCACAGCUUUGUCACACAGAUAGGAUGGAUAUGCACUUCCCCAGGAGCCACUGCACCUUCAGCCAUAUUAUGUCUGAGUAUGUGAGGAUGACGGAUACAGAGCGUGACCAGAUAGAUCAAGACGCCCAGGUGUUUAUGAGAACGUGUGCUGAUGCCAUUCAUCAGCUCAGAACAGAAGCACACAAGGGUGUCCAGUCUGCUCAGGUGAAGGAGCACAGGACAGCUGUCUUGGACUUCAUUGAAGAUUACUUAAAAAGAGUGUGCAAGCUGUAUUCUGAACAAAGAGCCAUCCGAGUUAAGCGAGUGAUAGAUAAGAAGAGACUGUCCAAACUUGAACCUGAGCAGAGCAAUGUGUCCAAAUCACCUCUUUCCACUGAAAAAUCUUCACAGAGUCCUUUAGAGGAUUCUGAAGAAAAACUUUCUGCUGAGGAAAGCAAAGAUAGGAAUCUGCCCGAUGCCCAAAGUAACCUUGGAUUAUGGGGGGAUGGCAGAGGUGAAGAUGAACUGUCACCUGAAGAAAUACAAAUGUUUGAACAGGAGAACCAGAGACUUGUUGGUGAAAUGAACAAUCUUUUCGAUGAAGUCAGACAAAUUGAAGGAAAAGUGGUGGAAAUCUCCAGAUUACAAGAGAUAUUCACUGAGAAAGUCUUGCAACAGGAGACUGAUAUUGACAAUAUCCAUCAAUUAGUUGUGGGUGCAACAGAGAAUAUAAAAGAAGGCAAUGAAGACAUAAGAGAGGCCAUCAAAAACAAUGCAGGAUUUAGAGUAUGGAUCCUCUUCUUCCUUGUGAUGUGUUCAUUCUCCUUGCUUUUCCUGGACUGGUAUGAUAAUUAAUUAAACAUAUAUUGGCUCCAUGCUCUGUUUGUAAAUGUUCUGACAUUUUUUUCGUGAAGCGGGGUAUAACAGCACACUUAGGUAUUUUAUGCAUUUUCUCAUACCUCUAUGAUGGAAUAUUUUCCAGUAAAUAAAUUGUGCACAUAUCCAUUAGUACAUUCAUUUUAAAUCCCUGUAUCAAGCAUAAAACCACGCUUGUCCUCUGGAGAACAUAAAAGUCUGUGAAAGAGCUGUGAAGAAAGCUACAAGCUGGAGCAGACCUAAGAGAAGAAAAAGCAACAAUACUGGUUUUGUCACAGCCACCCACCUGUGCUUUGGGAAGUCCAGCUCCCAUCCCAGUGCAAGAGAAAACUGUUACUGUGCAGAAGCAUCUACGCUGUCUCAGGCGUUUAUUUCAUCACACCACUUCAGUACACAGUGAUCACUUUGCACAUAAAUGACCUUUACUUCUAAUCCUUUGAAACUACUUGUCUCAGAAAUCAGCUUGAUCUAAUGGUACUAAUAAUGAUAAGGAGUCAACGAAAGAGUUUUACUUGUAAGUGAAAAGAGAGAAUACAGCACAAACAGAUUGUGCAAUGAAACAGAUGUUCUGGGAUGCUGGAAUAAAGCCAAAGGAUAGACAAUUAAACUACUCAAAAGUACUAAACCCGGGAGCAAUUUGUUAACUAAAAAAAGUCUCAAAACCAAGUGCAGAUAAGAUUCAAUAAACUCCCUCCUGAUAAAUCAGACGGAAAAUGGUUUUGACUUCAAGAAGCAUAAACAAUCUGUUUCUCCUAGAUCGUAAGGCUUACUAAUUUUUAUUGUUAUUGUUACGAGGAGAAAAAGAAGUUGUUUCUCAUCAGUAUUUACUUUUGCAUUAAAGUUUUUAUUGUCCUAAAUUUAA